GUUUUCGCUGAGUGUAAAUACCGUAGGCUCAAGCAUCCUCAUGCAUAGAACCCGCGAAUGAAGCCAGGGCGGUUGAUAGAAGAAUUACUGUGAUGAGAGGAAAUGCACAGAUUAAAGUCCUCUCAACGUGAAAAAGUCAGGCAGUUUAUUGCCUUCACUGAGACCAACGAAAAAACAGCAAUAACUUGUUUGAACCAACAUGAGUGGCGGCUGGACAUUGCCUCAGAUAAUUAUUUCCAAAACCCAGAACGCUACUACACGGAAUCUAGAGUUGCAGUGGAUAAAAAGAAGAUAGUACACUUGUUUGAUCGCUAUAAGGAACAUGGGGAAGAAGACAAAAUUUUGGCUGAAGGAAUAGGCCAUUUUUUAGAAGACUUAAACUUAGAUCCUGCUAGCCUCAAAGUUCUGAUUAUAGCAUGGAAAUUUAGAGCAGCCACUCAAUGUGAAUUUACAAGGAAAGAAUUUACAGAAGGAAUGACAGAACUCAAUUGUGAUUCCAUUGAAAAACUGAAGAACAAACUCCCAUCACUAGAAUUAGAGUUGAAAGACCAAUUAAAGUUUAAAGAUCUUUAUCAAUUUACUUUCAACUUUGCCAAAAAUCCUGGACAGAAAAGUUUAGAAUCAUCACAAGCGUGCAAUAUCUAGGGAUACAUGGAAUCUCUUACUCGACUUCAGUAAUAUGAUAGAAGAUGAUAUGUCAAAUUACGAUGAGGAAGGAGCUUGGCCUGUUCUAAUAGAUGAAUUUGUAGAAUUUGCAAAACCAAGACUGACUCCUGGCAAACAGACAACCGUAUAACACCAAAGCAAAUUCCUUUUAUCCAAAUAAACCCAGUUUACAGACUGUUAAAUUUAACAUUUUUUAAUAAACUUUGUCUACACGAUCCUUGAAUAUGAGCUGUACUUAUAACAUUUUUGAGGAUCUCCAAAUAUUUGCAGUUAUGGGAAAAUUCAAUUUGUAUGGAUCAAGACAAAGAGUUCCAAUAUAUUUGUGGUAAMUAUAUGGGUAGGUGAGGUAGUAGUUUCCAUGUUAGCUGCUGUACAGUUGUGUAGAUAAAGUAAACUUUCUACUACA